UCUCGUCAUAUUCGCAAAAUAGCAUAAACAUGGCAGAGGAAAGUGGUGGGUCUAGCUGGUGGGGAACAUGGAGCUCUGCCACAGAAUUAUUAUCUACUGUUCGAAACAAGUCUGCAGAGGCUAUGACAAUGGUGAAACAAGAUCUCGCUGAGUUUGUCAGCACUGUUCAGCAUGACACAUCAGCUGUGGUGGCUGAUACAGCUAAUGCUGUUAAAGAAAGUCUCAAGGUAGAUGAAGAGGAAGAACAAGAUGGCACUUCAGCUCGUUUAAAACAAGGUGUGUCCAAAUUUCUUGGAUCCCUGUCUACCAGCUUGAGAGACAACAUCUCUCACGUUGCCACUGCAGCAGCAGCAGUCACAUCUGAUGGUCCUGAGCCAGUUUUCGAUAAAAAGCAGGCACGCCUUCAUGAAAUUCAAACAGACCCAGCUACAUUUUGCUCAGAACCAAAUGGUCAUUUAGGGAUGUUUGAAGAAUGGUGUAAAACAUUUGACCCUGAUGAACACAAAGGAGAAAUCUCUGAGCUGUUGGUCAAUGUCCCAGAGAUCAGAGCGCUGUAUGCUAAAUUGGUGCCAAGUGCUGUCACCCAUGUUCUUUUUUGGCAAAGGUAUUUCUACAAAGUACAUCAACUUCAGCAGGAAGAAAAGAAGAGAGCUGCACUUGUUGCAAGGGCAAACCAAGCAGAUGAUGAGGAUCUAGGUUGGGGAGAUGAAGAUGAAGAUUUGUGGGAUUUAGAUGAGCCCCCAGUGGAAAUUCAACCCACAACUAAACUUGAACGCAACAGAGACCCCCUCCCUGAUGAAAAUCCUUUAAGAAAUGCGACACAAGAACCUGCGAAGGCUGAGAAGUCCGGUGAAAUCACAGCUAAUAGUAAAGAGCAAAUGAACCUGUCUGGUGCUGUAGUGGAGGAACUAGAGGGAACUGUUACCACGUCCUCGCCUCGAAGUGAGAAACUGAGUGAAGAGAAAAGUUUAGGGCUGGAGGUUAAACAAAGGCCACAAGAAAUUGCUAUUCACAAAUCAGAGGAAGUACCUCCACAAAAAACUGAACAGACUGAACCAACUCAACCAAAUAAUCAAGAUAUAUCUAACGAUCAACACGAACUGGCUUCUUCAGAGCCGUCAGGAGCACAGCCUGAAGGUAUAGCAAACGGCAAAACAGCUGAUGAUGCGCGUCAAACAACUUUACACAAACGUGAUAACAGCAGCGGCUCUGGUGACAGUUCGUGGUCAAAAAUUAGUUAUGAAGACCUUAAGACUGAUGGAGAUAAAGGAGCUGAUACCAAAGAAACUGGAGCCGGGUCUGGGAAGAGCUCCAUCUCCUCUGGCAGUGGGGUACUGGUGCCCAAUGUGGAUGACAAAGAUGUGGAUUGGGACGAUGGCGAUGAUGAUUUGGAUUUUAACGAGGAGAUGUCCGAAGAGGAAGUCAAAAGAAUAAUGGAAAGUAUGGCUAAUAAGAAACAAACUGCUGCUGAUGAUGGUGCUGCGGAUCUUGAUGUGAGUCAAUGGUUUAAAAUAGGUCUUAUAAAAGUAAAAAAACAACACCACUAUUGAUUUUCUCAGGCGUUU